AUGCCUGUCCAGCCGUGCACUUCAGUCCUGCUUCAAUACCUCGUCCUCAUUCUUUUGAGGAUUACGUCAGCUUUACCCAGCAUUCCUCAUCCGGAUGCCAAGGCAGCUUUUGAUCAGAUUCUCCAAGCAAACUUGGAAAUAGAGCGUGAUUGUAAGUUUUUAUCAAUAGAGAGGAGAAGUCGUUACGUUACGUUCCCAUGGUAUCAAAAUUUCUGGAUGACAACAAACCGAAAACUCACUUAAAAAGUGAAUUCGCACUUUUUAAAACUUAAUCGAUCUUAUUCAGUUUCAUUUAAUUUGUGAAAUGCUGGCGAAAUUUUCUGGGGUUGAAUCCGAAACGAGCGUAUUUAAGUUUAGAAAAAGAAAAAGAAAAUGUUUGUGUUGGCAUGUGUUUACCUACUCCAUAAAGCAAGCGUAUGAAAUUAGGUAGUUUCGUGUCGCAGUCGUGCAACGACGGCAAAGAAAUGUGCAAAAAAGCGUGAUGCACGUGCAAAGUUGUUGUUUUGCUAAAAUAAACUUGUUGCUUUUUAACUGUUCUCGUUGCCGUCGCCGUCGUCGUUGCUGAAACUCCCUUAUGUUGUUAUCCAGAAAUUUUGCUACCAUGGUAACGUUACGUCAUACUUCUCCUUUCUAUUCCCAGUGGAGAUAGAAUGCUGGCAGUAACCUCCUCCUCAGCCGAGAGGGCAGUUUGUUCCAGGGAGUUGGAGCCACUCAAUAAAGCUUUAUACGGGAGCCCCAGCGCAAGCCAAGGUCUAACCCUUUACCCCUUCAUAUAAAAAAACUGAAAUAUACCUUCCAACGUGCGACCGAAAAGUGAUACCCCUUUUAUGGACGUAGUAAGAACACUGCAUACCUUUUGACGCGCGGAGGUUAUGUUCACACUAUAUACCAGAUAGCAGUUUUCGUGCCGACACAAAAAGCUAUGCAGUGUAGUAUACACCUAUCUGAUAUGUGACUCUCCACUGUGGAGAUUGACGCGGUGCAGCAUCGCUUCCUCACAGAAAUCGCGCUGAAAUCACCAUUCAUAUGUGUGAACAGAAGCUGUAUACGGUACAUAGUCUAAACAUAGCCUGAUACAACUGGCCCGUUUUUUCGCGUUCGUCAGAACGCAUCCUAAUCUGGUGUUCCUGUGGCACUAAGGCAGAAAUUUUCCAGCUAUCACGGGCGAUUGCAAAUUAGCCAAAUUAGCCGCUCCUAUUAGUUUUAUCGGGGGCACUUCGGCCAGGAAACUGGACUCCUUUCGACUCGAUUUCUUUUCCGUAAUUUUUCCGUAGGUGACGAACGCGGAUCCGUAAUCAAUGAUUACCUCCAGUAAUAUUAAUAGGUUGCUAAAUCAGUAAGUCUUGUCGCCUUUUUACAGCCAUGCGAUGCGUCUGUUCUGAAUAUUUUAGUUAACAAGGCCUUUUAAAACUCUUAAAUGACAAAUUUCCCUAACCUUUCAUAUACUUCAACUCAAGAAAUCCCAACUUUUUUAACCUAUAUAAAGCCUCUAAAACGUACCCCAUUUGGGCGGUGCCUCCCCAUACAGAUGUAACUGCCAGACUAGAGGAAAAGUAAGAGACUGUAGAAUAUUGGAGCGGUUAAUAUUCCCUUUUUUGGGUAGUAGAGUGGAUAUUUUCCGACGAAAACGACCAGGAGAGCUAGCGUAAUAGUAUCCAAGUACGGUAGAAGAAAUUUUGCCCGGAAGGAAAUAUAGUACCUACCCAUUUUGACCAAAAUUAAUGCUCCGCGCCGAAGUCGAAAAUAGUUCCAAAAUGAUAUGACCGCCUUUGACCUCGAAGGUUCUUUUUAUUGUUAUCUAAACCCUGUUGAGAGCAAAACUGAUGAAAAGAAUUCCCACGCCGGGAAUCGAACCCGGGCCGCGGCGGUGAGAGCGCCGAAUCCUAACCACUAGACCACGUGGGAGUUACAUUUUAGAUUUGAACAGGUUAUAUUUUAAUAACCGUUCCCUGGCACAUGUCUGCUUAAAAAAUGCGCCGGCUUUGUAUGUUUUAUUUUUUUUAAUGUAUUUUGUAUGGUCGAGGUUUUCGUACAACCUUCGUCGAUUUACGGACGAAGUGUUUUUUGCUGCGACCAGUAUGCGUCCAUUGUUUCUCGUUUUUAUGGAAUUAUUCGACUUCAUCUCUGACCUUUUAAACGAAAAAUAGAUAAAUAGAGCGCACAAUCGAGUUUUUGCAAAGCACUUUCUUUGUCACAUCAUCAAUUUUCAAGUUUUGACGCUAAACAUGAAGAUCAUGACUAUCUGUUGCUUGCCAGUUUUCCAUGUAGUAAAAGUUUCUAGUAGGAAGCAUUAAGUACGCUCGACAAGCAAUUCUUUGUGCAAGGGUCUCUUUAAGGCCAGCAGCACAAACUAAACUAUUUGAGGGUGGAAACAGAAAACUCUAUAAAAUAAUGGAAAGCAAAGAACUUAGCCUGUUUUGAUCGAAAUGUAGAGUAAGGAAAAAGAACAACUUGUAGCUUUUUAUGACAAUUAUAUUUUACAUGAAAACUUUACGAGAUCAAAGCCGGGAACUUUAUGGUAUUUGUUAAAUCAAAAUCAUAAACCUAGAAAUACUAUCUAAACUGCGAUUGAGAAAAAUACAUAAUCGAGUUUUUGUUGGAGCCGAAAUGUUCCGGUGCAUAAUAAAAAGAAAACGUUCCCGGCUACUUAAUUCUUCAUCAAAUAUUCCCGCACCAAAAAAUAAUCUAGAUAUGUCCUAGUCCGGCGCAACUGUUCUUGUGAUUAAUCCAGUCCUUUUCCUGGCAUUUUUCGUCGCAGUAUCGUGUAAUUCGACAUGCUUCGCAAAAAUACAAACACAAACUUUCUUUCGCACACGUCGCACACCGUGGAAUAUCUGGGAUGCUCGGCGGGUUUUCGGGCAUGCCAGUUCUUUGGAAUUCCCCUAAAGAGCCUGCUUCACCUUCUUGACUUGUAGCAACUGUUAUAGCAUGAUCAAUCCCGUCUUUGUUUUCCGUUAUCUGCCUGUAAGCAAUGGCUUUUAGCCGAGAGCUGUGGUCACGCCUAUACUCUAGGGCGAAUUUCUUCAUUAUCCUACCGAUUUCUUUCACACGCUCUUCUGUGUCAUGCCUUAUCCUCCUGCAUUCACUUUUGGCUUUUUCUUGUUCAAUCUUAAAUUGCCUUCGUAGUUCUUUCUUCUGUUUACUUGCCAACUUUUCAGCUUGUUGCUCCACAGUCUCCUCAAAAGAAGGAAGUAGUUCUGUAAUAUUUUUCUUAAGACUCCCUAACAAAGUUUCAAGUUCGUUUACGCUUUGCUCCAUGAUCACCUUGAAUUAAAAAACGUUUUAAUUGGGGCCAACAACGCAGAAAAUAACUCUCCGACAGUUCAGUUAAAAUCCUGUUUGCUGUUCUCAGUCUUGUUUGUUUUCCAGCGCGCGCAAAAGAGUAUGUCAUAAUUAAAUCCUCUUUGUUGUUGGUAACGAAGAAACAAACCAAGUCAGUAUAACUGCUGUAGCUGUGCGCGUGCGCGAAAAGCUUGGCUUUUGGUCAGUUUGGUCAGUCAGCCGCACUGACAGAUCGAAAGUUCCCUAUACCAAUUCCCUUCCGUCCACUUACUAGUUAUAUACAAAAAACAACAACAACAACAACUUAACAAUGUUUUAUAACAAGCAGGACUGUGACGUUCAGUGAAGUUUAAAACACGAGGCGAAGCAAGAUUUUUGACCUACUACUGAGAAGGCUCUUAUUGUGUUAACUGCCAGUGAAUAUUUUUUGCAUUUUUUUUUUCUGCUAACGGUACUUUCUGUUACUUGUUGGAAUAGAUCUCAGUUUACGACACAACUCUGUGGAUAAAAAGUGUGAUCGUUUACUGAAAUUGGCAGCUUUGGCAUCGAAAGUUAGUUAAUUUGCCGAAAUGCAAGCUUAUUAUGAUAGUUUUGAGACAGUCUUUUACCUUACAGACUUCUCCAGUCCUCCCCUCCCAGAUAACGUGUUUGAAGGAGAUAUCGAGUUAACUAAAGAACAACAAGAAUAUAUCAAAUCUUAUGGAGACGCCAGGGGUAACAAUAGCAGAGCGGCAGGAAGUGAUAAUCGUCUUCGGUGGCCUAAUGGGAUCAUACCAUACGAGAUCGACUGCAGUUUGAGUAAGUAAAUACCCCUUUCCAGGUAUUGCACCAGUCGUUGUAAAAAUAUUGAAAAUAUCUUCCAUGUGACUACUUUUUUCGUCAUUAGUAGUUCUAAUUUUAAAUCUUUAUGGGGUGGCAUCCAAAUCAAAGCUGUUCAACAGCACUUUUUAAUAUGCUGUUUAAUAUGCUAUCUUUUGCAUUUCUGUGGAUUAAACUCAAUGCCAAUACCUAAGCUGUACUCUCGCUUGAUACUUUAAAUGGGAAACAAAUUGUGGCGUACUUCUUGAUAGUUGAUAACGGUGCCGGUACUCUAUGCGAAAGAGAGAAAAGAUAAUGAGUUGGUCGUGAAAGCCCUUCCGCUAUAUGAAGCAUGUGACCUGGGAAAUAAAUUAAAAGUACCAUAGUCCACGUAAGCAACGUGAGCUUUACCGUUCUUUGCGUGGUCGCCCAGGGAGAUUUUAACCUUUUUCUCGAUCUCUAUUCAUACAGAGAACAUGCCCGAGGCUUUGAACGCCAUCAAUUCAGCAAUGAGGGAAUGGGAAAGCAAAACGUGUAUUAGAUUCGUGAAAAGAACAUCUGAGAGAGAUUACUUGUGGUUCUUUCGACAGAAAGGGUGAGUUUGACUGGUUGAUUUCGACUUCAGUACAGUGUUGACAGUUGAGUGCGAGCGACAACGUUAAGUUCCCCUCAUUCCUAGCGCUGUGCUAAGCCAAUAAAGACUACAGCUUUUAGUUUUUGUUUUCUAGCUUAGUUUUAAAUUUUGACUCCUCUGGUAAAUAACCAAAUCAGUCGAAAGUAUCGACAAUAGUUUUCAUGAUUACUUACUUCAAGGAUAGGUAACGCCUUGCUACACGUAAAAAAAUAUUCAGCCCCGUUCGUUCAACUGGCCAAUGUGAAACUGCUCUUCAUCCAGACUAGAUCAACUGGGUCGGUAUUGCAUCGAAUUUCACCAUGGGAUUAUUUUUGAGGAUGAAUUUUUACCCAGCUCCCAACGAAACGUUGCAAUAGCCAAUAAGAGACGAAAUAGCGUCCCUAAAACAAUCCCACAGUGUAAUUCGAUACAGCACCGACCCAGUCUCUCGCGCAACUUCAAAAUGUUCAAGGUGACGUCAUUUUACUACAACUACCAGAAUCCUUCAGUUUGUUGUUUUCUUUGUGCAAAUUAGGGCUAUUGUUUUUUUAAACCUCAGCGGAAUUGACAACUGAAUUUUAUUAAGAAAACAAGACGAAAUGAAUUCUGGUAGUUGCAGUCAAACAUCGUCAUCGUCAUCGUGAAAAUGGCCUAUUGAUCGUAAAUAAAAAAUAUUAAAUUAUGAACUGCUGGUACAUGUUUUUCUGCUUUUAGUACCGAUUGCAUUUAUUUCCUUCGAGGCCUGAAAAGGCCAUUGAUCAGUUCUUAAUAAGUCUCCUGUUAAAAUUUGCUGGAGUGCUUACUGAAGCAGUGCAGUUAAUAUCAAGAUGUUGAACCAGUUAGGAAAAGUUUUGCGCCGCGCCCAAACGAUGAUGAUGAUUGUGAUGAUGAUGAUGAUGAUGAUGAAAAUUAAUAUACGCCCAUUGUUUAUGUUAUAAAAAUGAUAUUUUCUUAGCUGCUGGUGUAAUGUUGGCCGUAUCGGCGGGAAAACGUCCCUUUCUGUUGGUUUUGGCUGUGAGUACCGUCACGUGAUGGUACAUGAGAUCGGGCAUGCUGUUGGCUUCUGGCAUGAGCAAAGUCGGUCAGAUAGAGAUAAUUACGUUCAAGUGUUAAAGCAGAACAUACUUCCAGGUAAUUUAUUUACUUUUAUCCCUAAGUUCAGUUAAAAACAGUUCCUGAGCUCACAGGAAUGAAGGUAUGCGGCUCACCGCGGUCAGCGAAAGCGAAUUUAAGUACUUUGCUUGUUCAAAGUUAAAAUUAUCACCAAGCGCGCUGUUAAUUUCCUCGACUGCUUUAACGUUUCAUGAAAAGGCUCCAAGUGAUUAAAAACUGAAAAUGUUGUUGUUCAGUGUCGGCCACAUUUGCGGCAUAAUUGUAGUCAGUCAUAAAAAAUAAGCACAUUAGUUUGAGGAAAAUUCAAUGGCAGUUACAUUUACAAAUCAGUAUUCUAUACUAUACACCCUGCCCAUGUUUCCAUUUGUAAGUACCACAUGAAAAUGGCCUUAGAUGUUUGACCCGGGAGGAGAAAAUGGGUCCAUCAUUUUUUUUCUGACCCGGUCGCUGUCAAUUUUAAGCCAAUAUUUUUCCCAGUUCCAGUUUGUUCGUUAUUGAGUGUAAAGGAAUUGAGGCGUUUUGUGUGAUAGGGAGGGUUAGUCCUAUAUUACAGUACAGUUUGCAAUAGAAGUGAAUAAUGGUUAGAGUUAGUCAAAUUCGUGACUGGAUGUUCACAAAUUAGAGCUUAUAGUUCAUUUAUUACUUCACCUUGGCGAGUUUUUGACUCUGUUAUGCCGUAAGCGUGGGCAACGCAGAAGAUCGUGUGUUCGGUUAUCUUGAUACUAUUCGUGCAACUAAAUUUCUGGGCACAUUUCUCAUAUAGCGGCAGAUAGCAUUCAGAUGAGAACCCCCUAAAAUUUUUUGUUUCUUUUUGCUGCCAAUUGAUCUCAUUGAAAUGUGAUUUAACAAAUGGUUUUGUUUGCGUUCAAGGUUUCGAGAGUGCAUUCCAAAAGUAUGGAAGGGAUAAAAUCGAUUCGCUUGGUUUGCCUUACGACUACGGCUCUAUCAUGCACUAUCCGUUCAACGCUUUCUCCAAAAAUGGUCAACCGACUUUACGGACACUGCAACCUUUGAAUGGAAAAAGUCCUUACAAGACUUUAAGCGAUCUAGACGCUCAACAGACCAAUAAGAUGUACGGAUGUAGCUCUUCCGAGCCCAGCAGGAAACGCAGGCAGACCCGUAAGUUUAUAAGUUGUUUGAUUUGUAAACACGGUUACUAUGAGGCAACUCGAGAUAAAGGCCUCGUCCACACGUAUCAGGAUAUUUUUUUGUUUUCGUGUGCUCUAGUCCUGAGUAGCGUGCGUCGUAGACGUAAUCAAACUUCUGUUAGUCAACGGAAGUUAAUUUCCGGUCUGUGGUACAGGCUAAUCUAAUAAAAGAAAGAGUUGUAGAAGCUGGAUUCGUAUUUUAUCCGAAGUUUUCCCCCGGACCAAGUUUGCAAUAAAUAAUCAGGUUUAUUUUAUUUAUUGAAUACUGAAACUUAAAAAGCAUUUAUAAAAGAAACCUUCGGCUGAUUUGCUUCCAGAUUUAAUCUAUCGCCCGGUAUUUUCACACCAUCAAAAGAAAACGAUUUUCCAGUAGCUUUUUAAAAUGGUUUCACUCUACACGCAAUUCAGUUGACGAUACUGCAAAAAUUUUCGUUCAUCUAAAUGCAUGCGCUUCUAGAAAUCAUCCACAGACCAAAGCAAAGCCACACCAUCAUAAAAAAUAGAAAAUGCCACUCAGUGCUUUUCAGGUAGCUUUAUUCAUGGCAAAACGAUGCCUCGUUGAAUUUAACUGAUUGCAUUGUUAUGUUUACAUGUUCUUUCUUUCCUGUUGAUAGGUUGCAGAGAUAAUGACUACAGGUGUUCUUCCUGGGCUAGAAUAGGAGAGUGCCAGCGUAAUCCAAGAUAUAUGAGAUUAAACUGCAAAAGGAGCUGUAGACUUUGUGGUAACUAUAACUCGAAAUGGCAAUGGUCCUUAACAUUCGACCAAUUGGCUUGCAGCAGUAGAGAUAUCCGCUUAUCUCGAUCGACUAUUGGCGAGCACUUUGCGCAACCUCUCGGCUAUUCCGUUGCACAUUUACUUGCCAGCCUUGUUAAAAUGUGUUCUAAAUUGCCUUCAAGGGCAGCGAGAUCGCACAAAGCACCUUCAGUGAGGAGCGCGAAGAAGGUGCGCGCAAGACUGAAACUAGCAAGAGACAAGACACCAUCGGAAGAAAAAAUGUCAGGAAGAGGACAAUUCCUUUAGGGUGGAUUUCCACUAUCACGUCAAAUUUACCGCCACAAUUAAAUAAAAUAAAGGCAACGUAUGAACGUAAACGUAAAAGCUGAGCGAGUCUCAACUUAGACUUAAAGUUUGCGCGCGAAUAUUCAUACAUUGCCUCAGCCUUAUUCAUUUACUCAUGUAAGUUUUACGCGCGCACUCACGUAAAAAUUACGCGACGGUGGAAAUCCACCCUGAGUUUCCUUGUCUUUCUCGCCGUCCUUUGCGCGGUAAUUUACGUAAUGAGGAAAGACCACUUUCGGACGGUCUAGUAAGACGUGCUGUGUUCCAAAGUUUAAUUAUCACUUUCUCCACUUCCACUCCCUCUGUAUCAUCUAUGCGUGCCUUGCAUACUUGCAAUCCUUGCUGUCUUUCCAUUUUUCAUGCUUCUUUCCUUGUAGGCGUCAACACCUGUACGGAUCAGGACUAUCGAUGUAUCAGCUGGGUUAGAAGUAAUCGAUGGUAUUGCAGGACUAAUCAACAUGUAAGAACCUACUGUAAGAAAAGCUGUGGAUUAUGCCCCAGGCCAACGGUAAGGCCAAGACCUCCAACUGUACGACCCAGGCCACCAACAUUGAGACCUACUCCUCCAACGAAAAGGCCAAGACCUCCAACUGUACGACCCAGGCCACCGACCUUGAGACCUACUCCACCAACGAAAAGGCCAACUCCCACAACGAAAAAACCAGUUCAACCAAGUAAGAGGAAUUCUUUGAAGUUUUUUAGGUAUAUAUUGUAAGAAAAUACGUGCAUACUAUCUGUUAACUCAAAUAUGAGUCUGAGUAUAAUGUUCAUUUAUUGAAUAUCUGAGAAUGUUGACUAGUAACUAACAAAUCAGUGCUUGCGUCACAUAUGAGCAUCUUAGAUUUCCGCUAGUAAUCAAAACAAUAUGGGAUAUCCAUGAAAAGUGAAAGUUUUUUAGAUAAAUUUUAAUUUGAACUGUGAAGGGAACUUUUGAGCGAUAAACAAAAUCUGUGCUGUUCAAAGUGAAAUAGAAAAUAGAUAAUUUGAAAAAACUAGGGGUUGCGUUUUUUUUUUAAACCGAGCACAAUGUAAAGACCACAUUUAUCAUUUACCUGGAAAACAGUCAAGUUUGUUUUUAUUGCAAGUAUAUCUUCUAUCCUUUAAAUACAGCCACCUCUCAAAUCGCUUGCCGUCCCACCACGAGGGACGUGUCUCUUACAAUAGCGGUUUCCAUGAAAAUGUAAAGUUCCGGGCCAGUUUCUCGAAAAAAAUGGCUAAUAUAUUUUCUUGCGGUGGAAAUAUGAUAGCAUAAAAGACUUCCUUUUCUCACCACACGAGUGCUGAUGCAUUAAGAUAACCAUUUCAUGAUCUCAUGCUGGCUGCGUUACUUUCACAGGUGGUAAUUGUGGAAUAAGGAAUUAUGGAGACUCAGGUCGAGUUGUCAAUGGUAAGACUGCUGUCAGGAACAGUUGGCCAUGGCAGGCACGUAUGACACUUCGUGGGGCUCACAAGUGUGGGGGCUCUCUCGUAGCGCCUGGCUGGGUACUCACGGCUGCACACUGUGUUGGAGGAAGUUCUUAUAAUCCAGGCUACCGCAUUACCCUAGGUACGUUAGUUCUUUGGGUGUUGAGAGAACUUUGGACCGUCGCCCUUGUAGUCAUUUAAAACCGCGGAAUAAGAAAACCUCGCUGUCAAACAUGCUUUAAGAAUUCGGGAAUAGUUUGCUAAGUAAAACACCGCGACACAUAUCUUUGGUUCCUAUGAAAAAGGUAAAGCGCAUUUCUUUUCAAGAGAUGCAUUUUUUUUUCUGCGAGCAAUGAAAUUCUUAAGUCGUUGACAACUAAUUAUUAUCUCCUUAUCUAUUUAUAUUUAUUCAGUUAUUCAUUCAUGUUUGAGCCGCUUGUGUAGCUCAAAAUAAUAAUCAUUUUAUGUUUUGUUGUCAGUAGGAGUAUCUUACAGAACCUGCUUUAAUUUGUAUUUCAUGGAUGACUCAAAUCAUUUCUUCUUGAAGGAAAAUACUUUAUACCACCUCUUGAAAAUUGAAAAAUAUGUUGUGAAUCGUGUUGGCGUUCUCUUGAAUGGCUCAUUUUUACCUUAAGGUGAGCACGAUGUUCGAAGGAACGAAGGCACCGAACAGUUUUUCUCAAUAAAAAGGGUGAUUGUGCAUCCAUAUUAUCAACGGGCUACGAUCAAUAAUGACAUCGGUAAGUGUCGCCGAAGCCAUUUAUUUCAUAUGCUCUUUUAAUGAAUCUGUUUAGUACUCGGCUAAAGAGCCGCUAGCCUAAGCCUGCUUUUCACCGUACUUGUAUGUGUAAUCAGAGGCUGGGAGAAAAAGCAAGAGAAAUUAUUCCCUAAUUUAACGAGAAUACCAUUUGAGACAAUUUUCUGCCAAUGUUUUGCCAAUGGUCCCUCCCCACCCUGCCCUAUAAGCUAUUUUCAUACUAUACCAGAUAGCAGUUUUCGCGCAGACGCGAAAAGCUUGCUAUCUGGUAUAACAUGAACACCUGUCCGAUAAGUGACGCUCCACUGUAGAGAUCGGCGCGGCGCGGCUUCAUUCCGUUACAGAAACAGGGGCGGAUCUAGGGGGAGGGUGCAGGGGAUGCACCCCCGCCCCCGAGAUGUCCUGCGGUUUUCUAAUACAACUGGUAUUCUGCAAAAAAAAAUAUGUGGUUUAUUGGUGUUGAAGUAGAGCAAGAGAAGAGUGCAACCCCUCCUAAAAAAAGUCCUGGAUCCGCUCGUGAGAAAUCUCGCCGAAAUCAUCAUUCUUGUUCGUGAACAGAAGCCCCACCCGGUAUGGUUAUCAUGCUGGCGCAAAAGCUAUAAGAUACAGUGUGAACGUAACUGAGCUAAUUAUUCCAGGCUUUUGCAAACAUGAAUGACAAACACAAAGUUAGGCGAAAGAUGUGGGCAAGAUUGGGUUUAGAGCUUGGAGCGAAAGGUGUUGCAAUUGUUUUGGGAAAUUUUAGACAUGGAUAUUUCGUCCGCUUUCUCUCUCGAUCUCUAGUCCCAAGUCAUUCCGUAUUAUUGCUUCCAUAGUUGCAGAGUAGGCUGCCUCUGAAAUUUCACUUAAACCAUUAUCUUUGUUCUUUUCUAAAGCUCUUUUGGAGUUGGAUCGUCCAGCAACUUUGAACAAAGAAGUGUCACUUGUUUGUCUCCCAAAGCAGGGUCGAAGUGUUCCAGCAGGAACAUAUUGCUCAAUAACUGGUAAGCAACUCCCCUAGUCUUAUUAUAAUCCCAGUGGCGACUCCCUUAUAAUGUAAGCUAUAUACGUGAGUUCGCCGCCUAGGGUAUGGUUUUUAAGCCCAUUUGGUCCGAAAUUUGGUAUAGGUUUUAUCCAUUUGGGUCUGAAAUGGCUAAGGUUUUGUACUUCCUGAAAGCAGGGUCUGUAAUUGAGUAUGUUGUUUGAUUGUUAGUGUCUUUGGAAGAGCUGUUGAGGCCUGAUAUGAAAUAAUGAAAUUUACAUAUUUUGGUUUGAAAUGGGCUUCAGGAGUAUCGCCCUCCACUUUCUCCACUCCAGAGCUCUCCUCUAUUGCGCAAUAGAGAAUAGCUCUGGGGUAGAGAAUUUAUCCCCCAAGCCAGUACCCACUGUCAAUCCCUCAAGCAUUCCCAAUGUUGACUUUUUUCUUAAGGGUGGGGAAGGACAGGCUACAAUCGACCUGGAGCAUCCGUUCUUCAAGAAGCCAGCCUGCCAGUGGCACAACAGGGCACUUGUAAGAAUCAUAUGAGGUACUGGGGAACUGUGACAAGUAAAAUGGUACGUGUGUCAGCCAAACUAUUGUAGUAAAUUGUUGCUGUUAUGUUAAAGGUGAAAUGAUUAUUCGGCAGACUAACGCCAUGCAGUUAUCGAGCUUAUGAAGUUAAAGAAAGAUACACAAAGUUCCAUCGGUUUUUGUUUGUGUUUCAGAUAUGCGGUGGUUUUGGUGGCUCUAGUACAGUAAGUGGUUGUUUCGGUGAUUCAGGAGGACCUUUCGUUUGUGGAAAAAAUGGAAAAUAUGAGCUACAUGGUGUCGUUAGUUGGGGGACUCGAACGUGCAGCGCCGGUCGCAACCAAUACACUGUAUUUGCACGAGUUAGUGAAUUCGAAUUCUGGAUACGGACGUAUAUUGGAAAAGGUCCAGCUACAGCUCCUCCCCAGACUCCUCCGCCUCCUCAGACACCACCUCCUCCCCAGACUCCUCCGCCUCCUCAAACUCCACCCCCUCCCCAGACUCCUCCGCCUCCGCAAACUUCACCUCCUCCCCAGACUCCUCCUCCUCCUCCGCAAACUCCACCUCCUCCCCAGACUCCUCCUCCUCCGCAAACUCCACCUCCUCCCCAGACUCCUCCGCCUCCGCAAACUCCACCUUCUUCUCAGACUCCUCCGCCUUCUGAGACACCCUCUCCUCCUCAAACUCCGCCUCCUCCUCAUACUCCAUCUCCACCAAAAACAUCACCUCCUUCCCACACUUCGCCUUCAUCACACACGCCGACCCAAUCCCAAGGCUGUGCUGUUUCCAGGGCUCUUGGCAUGGAAGAUUUUUCUAUAAAGGACACUCAAAUAACGGCAUCAAAAUCCUGGAAUAGGUGAGUACCUUUGGGACAGAUAGGGUUAAAAAAAAUCAAGUGAACUAGUGCAAAUGGGCUGUUUUAAUAACUUGAUGUUAUAUCUCGUUUCAGACGAUCAACUCUCGUAAGCGAAUGCAACCACUUUUUGGGGCGAGGGACUCACGAUUUUCUAUACUGCAUUUUUUUUUUAAAGAAACCUGUUGUAAACAUAUUACCCAGGUACCUAUCUAUGUUCGCUUUAUGAGCUACUGUACUCAGAGCACCAUACGAGGCAGUGUCUCUUGGGCAGAGUAAGACUCAGUUUCAUAGAAUGGCAAUGUUUGUCAUGAUUUUUAGAUCUUUCUAAACUAACGGUAGCCCCUUUUUCUCCAGAUUUCACGGCCCUCAUCAGGCGCGCCUCAACCUUCCUGUAAGCAAAACUGGAAUAGGAGCUUGGUGUGUUGGAAGACGGCCAUUGAGCAAUCAGUAUUUACAGGUUGACUUCUUAAAGAAAACACUUAUCACAGGAGUCGCAACUCAAGGUAGUAACUGUCUUACCAGUUAACUGGCAGUGACACUGACCGAGAACCUCUUAAAAAUCCAGCAAAACGAUGUAUGGAAGUAAAUCCACGGUGACUUAGCAGUGGCGAAUCCAGGGGAGAGGCCAGGGGGGCCCGUUCCCCCUUUAUUUUUAGACCAAACUGAGGCCUGAAGUGCAGAAAAAUUUUUUUGGUCAUUUCAACCUUUUGUAUUACGUCAUUUAGAGAUCGCCCCCGUCAGCAACACCAAGAAACUUUACACUGCUCUCUAGUGGAUGCUGACGACAAAUAGUUUGGUUGUGUUAACACUCGCUUCUUUUUUGAUAUUAUGAUCAGGACGAGUUAGCAAGUAUCCGAAGUUUGUCAAGAAAUACAUGUUAUCUUACAGCAACGACGGAAAAACUUGGACAACGCAUCCUGAGGUAUCGCGUAUUUUUCUGGUAGCUAUAUUCUGUAGACUCCCUCUUUAAUGGAAGCAAAGGAAAGAAGCACAACCACAGAAAAAAUUACGGGAACACCAGGAACGUGGAUCAAAACUGAAGAAGAGCUGACCUCUGCUUAAUUUCGUUGGAGAGUUUGAUUUCCAGUUGAUAAUAUAAAUAUAAUAUAAUAAUGAUGAUGAUAAUGACAAUGAUAGGGAUAAUACAUCCUGGGAGACCCAGGGGGAGAUAUAGUGGGGGCGAGGGAAAGUCUAAACGAGCGGGAAAAUAUGGCACGAAGAAAAGAAAAGGACGACGAGAAGAGCCCCUGGGGACAAUGUCUUACCAGACCAGUUCCAAACGGUCGCCGCCGUUCUGUCUUUUGAUUGGGCAGAAGAACACAAAAGUUUUCUGGCACCAAUCAGAAGCCAGAACGGCGGCGACCGUUUGGAACUGGUCUGGUAAGGCAUUGUCCCCAGGGGCUCUUCUCGUCGUCCUUUUCUUUUCUUCGUGCCAAUUUUUUUCCGCCCGUUUAGAUUUUCCCUCGCCCCCACUAUCUGCCCCUGGGUCUCCGAGGAUGGGGAUAAUAAUGAUAAUAAAUAAUUAUAAUGGUAGCAAUGAUGAUAACGAUAAAAAACAUUUUUCUUCAAAAGAUGCUUGAUGGCAAUACAGACAUGUCAACAGUGAAGAGGAAUAAUCUGACUAAGCCAAUAGUAGCCAGAUAUGUACGCAUUCACCCAACUGCAUGGCAAACUGAUGUAUGUCUUAGAACUGAGUUUUAUGGAUGUGAAGGUACGACGAUACUUAGACACUUACAGCUCAGCAUCACUAGGAUAGCUACCGAUAAGAUCUAAAGGCGAACCUUUGCGGCGAUCAGAAGAAAAAUUGAUUACAAGCCCCACGAAGAACUUAUAAUUCGAUGACCUUCACAAGCGCCAGAUUGCACGCUGGUGUUGCUGGGUGAGCUAUCGCAAAUCUUUACCAUACCAAGACAUUUCUGCCUGGUCAGGUUAUGUGACACUAUUCACAAUCAGUAAAAUGGUUUGGCGCUUUUGAGAUAUCCUAAACUCAUUUAGUGACCAAAUUGAUCAGUUGUCCUUAUAUUAUCACUUUAAUAAAAAGCGCAAAGGCUAGUGAAGGCUUAUCAAGAAGAGUCCGUAGACGAAAGCCCUACCUUUAAGUUUUGUUCGUUUUUUUCAUCAUUUAGUUAGACCAACUAUGCCACCAACAACAUCAGAAUCAACAACAACGAACGGAGUACCAUCAACAAGCACUCGGGGCCUCACGACAACCAAGCAUCCUCCGGUCACAUCAGAGUCAACGACAACAAGUGAAGUACCACCAAGGAGCACUCGGGCACCCACGACAACCAAGCCUUCCACGGUCACAUCAGAGACAACAACAACGAGCGAAGUACCACCAAGGAGCACUCGGGCCCCCACGACAACCAAGCCUUCCACGGUCAAGCCACCAGUGACGACAGUCAAGCCUCGCCCACCAAUCACCAUUCCACAAAAACCCACAGGUAAAGAAACUCCCAAGGCCCCUUUAUGACUCGGACAGUAACAUGCAACCUUAAGAGUCAGGGGCACCCAACGAGAAUAUAGUUCAAAACCACUUAAACAUAGCAUUGUUGAACGUAUUUUACGGUUAUUUCCUAAAAAUUUUUCAUCUGCUCGGAUUUCCUAGUUAAAAGUCUAGUGAUCCGAAAAUUGUAGGGAUCGAAACUUACCUUUUCGAAAAUUUCAGCGAGAAAAAGGGCUCCCGACAAUUCUAGGUGACCUUUUUAGGAUAAAAAUCCGUUAAAAAUGGGCAAUUAUACCAUUUUUUAGAUGUUCGAAAAUCCUAGGAGAGGCAGGCUAGCAAGAAAUUUUGCAACAAAUCGUCUUCCGAACAGAUAUUUUCCGAAAAUUGAAGUUGGGUGCCCCUGAAGAGUAAACAGCUCGAAACUCCAAGGGCCUACUCGUACUUGAUCUCGUACUCAGGUAGUCAAAUCUGAAGGUCGCCAUUAUUAUUUUUCCCACAAACAAACUGCUAUUAUUUGGAAUUUUUCUUUACCCUCCAUUCUCGAUUACAGGCAUGAAAUGCGAGGACCAGCAUCCAACGUGUCCAGAGUUUGCCAAGCAGGGACAGUGUUCUGCAAACCCAGGAUGGAUGGAGGAAAACUGCAAAAAGAGCUGUGGAUCCAAGCGUUGUGACAAAGAGCCUGUUAGACCCCUGGGUUAGUUUUUGUACGUAUACUUAGUUUACAGAAUACGAGGUACGUUAAGUGUCAAAAUUAAAUUUGCAGGAGCUCGAUUUUGACGGGGAGAGAAAAUGAAAUUAACGAUUGAGUUCUGUGGACGAGGGGUGUCCACUCAAAUGUAACCUCAUUGAUAGUAAUUUGAUAUGGUGCCAUUUUUGGGUACUUUUAACUUAUUCAUAAUGACGCUUGUUAGCUUUCCAGAACUGGGCUAUUUUUGACCAUGAAAGGUUGAAAGUUGCAUUAUCAUUCAGUAAGUCUUAAUAUUUGCUUUGUCUAACUUAUCACAAAAACCAGCUCCUUGUUCCAACCCACUUGGAAUUGGCUGGAAUUUCAACUUACCAGACAGCGCGUUUAAUGCUUCCUCGUCACUUAAUGUGGGUAAGUGAGCUUUGAGCUUUGUUUACCAAACCAAUUCUUUUUUUGUCUGCAUGUUUAUUCUAAUUUUUUUUUCCGUGUUGGUAAUUUAGCAAUAGCUUAGUCAAUAACCAUGAUAGAUAGUAAGACAAAAUGCCGAAUGUAAUUGAGUCAUCUGUUAUCUAGAGCGUGGUAAAAAAAAAAAUGAGAAAAUAGUUCACAUUCUAAUGUUUAACCCCAAGUAAAACAAAGCACUUUGUCGCGUUUUUAACCGGCUGCUUUUUUGGCCAGUAUUUGCAGGAAAGUAAUCGAGUGUCAUAGAUGGAUAAAACAUGGUUAUUUUUUGUUUUUGCUAGUUUGUUUUCAGUAUUUAGACGAAAAUACUCAAGAGAGUCACAGGUGGAUAAAACAUGUUUAUUUUUCCCUUUACGUCUUUGUCUAUUUCAGGUGCCGGCUGGGACUGCGGUGCUCGCAAUGCACGUAUGUACUUUACUGAUGAUUUCAAAAAUAAACGAGUGGGAGGCUGGUGCGCGGCUACUUUUGAAAAUCAGUGGCUCCAAGUGGACCUGGGAACUAACAGAUACAUAACCGCUGUUGGAACUCAAGGUGUUCAAGACAGAUGUUUACUGUAUACUUUCCUAUACGUUUAUAAUUUUACCUUUUGAAACUCAAGAUUCUUAAAAGUUAUUUAUCGUCGGUGUUAUUCUUUCGUCUUUUAAAAUAAAUAAAUCUGAUAGCCUGUUGCAGGCGUUCAGAUCUCUUUGCACCGUCCCGACAAUCUGAGCGCGUGAAACGGGCUUAACACUGAGAGCAAUGGUCACACUAGUUGCACUAUUCAGUACCGGGUUUCUAGUUUUUCAACUUUUGAGAAAACGCUGAACGAGCUUAAGGUGUCACCUUAUUUACUUGGGAUAAAUGGCUACUCUAAUUACAAUACAACAGCAUUUCACUGUAAGGUUAAGCCUGAAAAUCUUUUGCAGAACUUUUCCAUGAUGACCAGAAACACUACAUAGAUUAAAAAUGUCGCUAGACCAAAGUUUUAAGGUAGUGUCGUUUGCGAAUUCAGUCUUUUCUCCUCGCUCCUGGCCGCUAGAGAUGUUUCCCCUGCGAAACGCGCCGUCCCUAACGGCAAGGACCGAGGAGAGAAGGCUGUAUUCACAGGUUAGAGUAGCCUGUUCCAAGGUCUCAAAUAUCAAGAAUGACCCGUACGCGAAAAUAUGAGCGCGUGAUCUUGUGCUUUCUCAAUUCCGCGGGCCUGACCAUCUCGGAUAAAGCUAGAGAUAAUGAUGUCUUUUACUUUUUGCAAAGUUAGUAAUUAAAGGACAAGGUCACCCAAGAAGGGAAGUGAUUAUUUUUUCAACAUCUAUAAAAACAUCUCCAUUGUUAGUUGGUAAAUGACCAUUCUCUAGGCCUUUAAUGUUUAUCCAAUCCUAACGAGAUACUUCCCCAAAUAUUACCUCAAAUUCAGUAUUUUGGCUCUCCAUUUUGGAUCAUGUGUGACGUAAUCCUGUCUAAAUUGAAAUUUGCGAGAAGCUCAAGUAGCCGCAAAGUUUGGCAUUGUUGUAUUGAAUCUUUGUUCUUUUUGUCAAGCAAAGUAUGUCGGACGACGUUAAAGAAAAAAUGAAAUGGUUACAAUGCCAAACUUUCCAGCAGUAUGUCGGUCAUGUCUAACUGAUUUAAUUUCCAGGUCGGCACAAGUAUUACGAGCACGUGAAGUCGUUCAAGCUUGCCUUCAGUCACGAUGGAAAUUCCUGGGACUUUGAUUAUCAAACGGUGAGAUGUAGCCCUUCUUCUUCCCCUUCCCCUAACUUUUUGGACCCGUAAGCGCAAGACAGAAGGGUUCUUAAAACUAUGAACGAAGGGUUUUCUUUUCGCUGUCACAGUGAUAUGGGCAUCCCCAUUCCCAAAACCCUAGUUAUAUGGGCAUCCUCUGUAACCCUAACCCAAAUCGCUAAGGUAAUAGAGAAGGGGAUGCCCAUAUCACUAGGGUUUUGGGAAUGGGGAUGCCCAUAUGACUUUAACAACACCACUUCAGAAACGAGAAGAAACUGGGUCGAGUUGACUUUCGCAAAGACUUAUGGGACUGUUACUGGCCAAUAGUGUGAACACAGCCUGAAAUGGUUUUUACUUGUCAGUAGCGUGAACACAGCCUAAAACGUUUUUUUUUUUGUGCAAAUUUUCCACAAAAAAAAACAAGAAAAAAAAAUUGCAUUGUCUUGGCCUCCAACAUGGCGUCCUUGUCACUUGUUUGCCACCAAGAAUUGGUUCAACAUUUUGCCAAGUGAUUUUCUAGUAGACUACGAGCAGUCUCUCUUUUUUCUGUAGUCCGUCGAGCAAAACGCGAGACACGCAAAUGGCCACGCGCGUGACUGAUGGCGCGAGACGGGAGAGGCUGCCCUCGUUUCGCGCGUCUCGCGGUUUCGCCGCUCCCGCGGGCGUGCAUUGCUCUCACUAAAUCUGAAGAAAAAGAGAGACUGCUCUCAGUCUAUUUUCUUGAGUCUCAUUUUCUCCACCCUUUUAGGUGUAUUACGGCAACUGUGAUCACUUUACACCAGUCAUAAACAUCUUGGACCGUAGCGUCACUGCAAGAUACGUCCGAUUUUACCCCGUUACCUACAACUAUGUAUGUAUGAGAGUGAAGGUGUAUGGAUGUGAUGCUUAA